AUGGGCCCUGACAGACACAUCUGCUUGUUAUUCCCCUCGCACGAGUUGCUGAACGACAAGGCGAUCAUGUGCAACGACUCUCCCCAGCCUCCAGCCUAUUGGAUCACAAUGAUUCUGCCAGUCCUGAACGCCUUUCAUGAGCUCGUCUUCAUCUGUGCCGGUCCGAGAAAAGACACAGACCUCGACGACAUCCUCGACCAAGAGCCCUCCUCCGCCAGAACCGCGAGUCUAGCUCCCCCAAAACCCUGUCAUCUGGCUGAAUUGACGGAUUCAUCCAGAUCCGUUGAGCGUGGGAUACUAGAUGACGAGAAUGUAUGUUUCAAUCAUGCCGAAAUGAAGAGGACACGCCGGCUGGCCAGCAGUUUCGAUGUGCAGGCGAUCGACGUGCUCGAGUUCGGUCACCCCCACAGGGUCUAUCCCGCCGUCUACCGCUACACCAAUUGCAUGCUUACAGCCCCGCGCCACCAAUCCUCGAGCUACUCCGCCUUCCCCGCGACGACGAAGAUGUGUGGGCUGGUCGAGGCCUCCGAGAAGAUCGGCGAGGUCUGUCGGGCCCUCGGCACCUGCGCGUUACGUCGCGGGAAAUUUAUGUUUGGUUUAAAUGCACAACUCUCAGCAAAGGAGAUGGAAGGACUAAAGAAAUAG